UACCAGCCUUAGUUUUUGUCAAAGUUGAUUAUUUUAGAGAGGUAAAUAAUUUCCUUAAUCUUCUCUGUUUUUUGUUUUUUAAUUUCCUUAGUUUUUGUUUUAAAGUUGCUGAAUUUUUAAUUUUAUUUUAUGCUUUUAGUUGCUGAAUUUAAGUUGGGAAGGAUGAGUAGAAAAUAUCCUGCUUGGAAGUAUAGUGUUGAAAUAGAAGUGCCGGAAAAAGGUGGAAAAAAAGGAUACAAAGUAUUUAAAGUGUAAUUUUUGUAGUAAAGAUAUUAAGGGAGGGGUGAAGAGAGUGAAAGAACAUCUUGCUUGCACACACAGAGAUGUAAAACCAUGUCCUAAAGUACCUAAAGAAGUCAAGGAGGAGAUAAGUCAAUAUUUGAAAGACUAUGAAACUACAAAAUUUAUUUCUCAACGAAAGUUUGAUGAGGCGGUGGAUUGUGGAUCCUACUUUGGUGAUGGACCUAGUGGUUUUGGUAGUGGCAAUCCUUUGGAGGGUGUGAAUUCUUGUCCUAGCAAUAGUUCUAGAGGUGUUAGAGGGCCUAUGGAUCGAUUUAUGGAGAAUAAAGGAGAUGAGGAAAAUGAAAAAAAUACCGCUGCCACAAAAAUGACUCCAACGAGUGCUAAAGAGCAUCGAAAUCAAGUAUGUUUAGAUAUUGGGAGAUUCUUUUUUGAGAAUGGGAUCCCAUUUAAUUGUGCAAGAAGCCCAUCAUAUUUCAAUAUGUUGCGUUCGGUUGGGAAUUAUGGUCGAGGAUUGAAAGCUCCAACAAUGCAUGAAAUGAGGACUUGGAUACUAAAAGAAGAAGAGAAGACAACAUCCGAAAUUGUGAAUGAGAUCAAAGCAACAUGGAAACGAACAGGGGUUUCAUUAUUAUCAGAUGGUUGGUCAGAUAUGAGAAAUAGGAGUCUGAUCAAUUUUCUAGUUAACAAUCCCUAUGGGACUGUUUUUUUGAAAACUAUUGAUGCAUCAGAUUGUGUAAAAGAUGCACAAAAAUUGUUUGAAUUGCUUGAUGAUGUUGUUGAAGAAAUUGGAGAAGAUAUUGUCAUUCAGGUGGUCACAGAUAAUGCAAGUGCAUACAAGGCCGCUGGAAGAUUAUUAAUGGAGAAGAGAAAAAGUUUGUAUUGGACUCCGUGUGCUGCUCAUUGUAUUGAUUUGAUGCUUGAGAAAAUUGGAGAAUUGCCACAACAUAAAAAUGCUUUGCUUAAAGCAAAGAGAGUUAGCAAUUUCAUCCAUAACCAUCAAUGGGUGUUGAGUUUAACAAGAAAAUUUGCAAAGAAAGAUCUUCUUCGACCAGCUGUCACACGAUUCGCCACUGCCUUUCUAACUUUAGAAAGUAUGCAUCAAUUGAAGCAAUCACUACAAAUGAUGUUUGUUUCAAAAGAAUGGUCAAGUUGUGCAUGGGCAAAGAAACCUGAAGGGAAAGCUGUGAAGAAAAUCAUAAUGAAUGAUAAUACAUUUUGGCCUAGUGUGGUUUAUUCCAUAAAAACCACAAAGCCCCUUGUGAAUGUUUUAAGAAUAGUUGAUGGUGAGAGGACACCGGCAAUGGGAUUUAUUUAUGGUGCUAUGGAUGAGGCAAAAGAAAAGAUAGCAAAGAACUUAGAUGGAGACGUGUCUUCAUAUAAGGAGAUUUGGGAGAUCAUUGAUCAAAAGUGGGAGUUUCAAUUGCAUCGCGACUUGCAUGCAACUGCAUAUUACUUGAAUCCUCGAUUCAGAUGGAGUCCCAAUGUUUCCGAGCAUCCAGAGAUUAAAACUGGUUUGUAUAAGUGCAUGGAUAGACUCAUCAAGGACCAAGAAACAUAUGUGAAGGUCGAUGCCCAACUUGAUGAGUAUAAAUACAAGCGAGGAUUGUUUGGCUUCAGAUCAUCCUUAUCACGUCCACCUGGUGAAUACUUAAACUUUUAUCUCAUUUUUUGUUUUAUUAUAGUUUAUAUUAAUAUUAUAAAAUAAAUUAUUCAUUACUUUGCUUCUUUUUUCAUGUCUUUAAUUUGUAUAGUUGAAUGGUGGGACAACUUUGGAGAUGAAGUUCCAGAACUCAAGUCAUUUGCAACAAGAGUUCUAGGUCUUACUUGUUCAGCAUCGGCAUGUGAACGUAAUUGGAGUACGUUCAAUCAAGUGCACACAAAGAGAAGAAAUCGUCUGAGCACAAAAAAGAUGAAUAGUUUGGUGUACAUUAUGUACAACAAAAAGUUGAAGCACAAAUUUUUUAAGAAACAAUCACGAAGAGAGGAAGAUGAUCCUUUGAUUGUUGAAAAUGUGUCUUCUGAUGAUGAAUGGGUAGCCAAUCCAAAUGAUGAAGAGGAUGGUGAUAGUAGAGCAAUCGAAGUUGGUGGGGAAAUUGAGAUUGAGGAUGAGGGCGGAAGUUUAGCACCGAGGAAGAGGAAAAGAAAUCAAGCACCAAUUGAAGUGAAUUUGGAUGAGGAAGAUGAAUUUGAAGGAGGAGAAGAUGACAGUGAAGAUGGAGAUGAUGGACGAGCUAUACAAUUUCAUGAGAGUGAUGAUGAAGAAAGUGAAGAGUUCUUGGAGAUUUAAUGCAUUUUAUUUAUGAUUUUAAGACUUAUAACUAGAACUUUUAUGACUUUGAUAUGAACUUAUGUGUUGUUUGUUAUGAAUUUUAUGAAAUUUCAUGAAUUUUAUGAAUUUUAUUAUAUUUUUAAAAUUUUAUUUGUUCUUAUAGUUGAGGCGUACGCCUCGUUGCGCCUCGAGGCUUACGCCUCGCGGUACUAAGAGAAAACGCCUCGCCUCGCGAUUUCGCCUUUCAAAACCUUGAUUGACAGAUGGUUAGUUGCUAGUCUAGUUGAAAUGUUGUUUGAUUUUAUAGACAUAUCUAGUAUUGCUAUUUUAUAAUUGAAUUGUGUUUGCUUGAUUUGUUUGAUUAUUGGUACAUUAAUUAGAUUGUUAAAAACAUACACUUGUAAAUAUCAUUUUGUGUUGGCACUAUAACAAAAAAGGAUUUUAGAGAGGAAUUUUUUUGUCUCUAAAGCUUUGUAAAUCUUUGCUAUGUCGAAUAUAGAUAACAAAAUUGUUGCUAAAAUUCCUCGCUAAUACUUUGUAGAGAGUUGGGAUUAGAGGAACUAGGGUAUUAAGGAUUGGGAUGUAUGGGAUGUAAACCUAUGUGCUUAUAGGUUUGAGAUUGAUGAACGAGUAUGGAGUGUGUGCUGUAGCAAUGUGGCCGUAGUGGUUAAUAUUAUUUUUUUUUAAAAAAAGUACUAAUUUAUUUUUACAAAAGCAAUUAAAAGAAUUAAGUGACAUUUUUCUUUGAAUAACUUACUUUAGUGCCUUUGUUUGGGGUGGUUUUUCACCUGCCUCUGUUUAUAUAUGUUGAAGCUUCGAUAAAUGCUUUGGAGUACCACCAGUAGGCCAUUAUCCUAUUUAUAUAUAUAUAUAUAAUAUGAUGCAUUAACAUAUAAUGUGGUGGUUAUAGCAGGAUAAAUCAACUGAAUCUUUUAUGAUGGAUAAAACUUGGGUAUCCUUUAGCAGGUAAUAGGAUAAGAGACAUUUAGUGAAUUCUUAUGUAUAUACUUAGGAUUUUAUUAAUAGAUAUAUAAGUGCGAUUUCAUAUGCCAUUGUAGAGCUUCAAAUGAGUAUAAGGAAGGUGCAAAGUAUUUUGUAGAGACUAUAGAAAAGGAAGUUGCUUAUCCAACAAAGUUGAUUUGUUGUCCUUGCAAAGAUUGUCGAAAUUUAAGUCACCAGUAUGUUAGUGUUCUUUAUGAGCAUUUGGUUAUCAAUGCAAUUGAUCUAGCAUAUACUAUUUGGUAUCAUCAUGGGGAGAAAUUAUCUAGAAGUGAAGAUAUAGCACAAAGGGACAAUGAUGAUGUAUGCAAUUUAGAGUAACAAAUAUCGGAGAUGAUGAUUAUAAUGAACAAGAAGAAAGUGUUCAAGAAAAAUAUUUCGCCAAACAAUUGGAAGAUGCAGAAACUUUAUUAUACCCAGGGUGCACAAAAUACAAAAAAUUAUCGGCCAUUGUUUCUUUAUACAAGCUAAAAACUAUCAAUGGUUGGUCAAAUAAUAGUUUUGACAAACUUCUAGAACUUCUACAUGAUAUGUUUUCAGUAGGUAAUGUGAUCUCCAAGUCAAUGUAUUAUGUUAAAAAAUUUCCUCAAAUAUUUGACUUAGGAUAUGAAAAGAUUCAUGCCUGCAUCAAAUAUUGUUGUUUGUUUAGAAAGGAUAAAGAGAAUUUGGAAAACUGCCCAAAAUGUGGAACUUCUCGUUGAAUAUCAGACAAACAUACUGACAAGGUUUAAACAGGUGUCCCUGCUAAAGUGUUGAGGUAUUUUCCAUUAAUACCGCGGUUUAAAUGAAUGUUUAGGUCUAAAGAGAUGGCUGAAAAUUUAAGAUGACAUCAUAAUAAUAGAAGCAUGGAUGGGAAGAUGCGCUACCCGGUAGAUUCUGUAGCUUGGGAUUUGGUGAAUAUGGAAUGGCCUUCAUUUUCAAAUGAAGAACGUAAUCUCAGACUAGGCCUUUCCAUAGAUGGUUUCAAUCCAUUCAACAAUUUAAGUACUACGUAUAGUGUUUGGCCUGUGAUAUUGGUUAUGUAUAAUUUACCAUCUUGGUUAUGUACGAAGCAAGACAAUAUUUUAUUGACGCUGAUAAUUCCUGGUUCCAAGCAACCUGACAAUGAUAUUGAUAUAUAUUUAUAGCCUUUCAUAGAAGACUUGAAGAUAUUGUGGGUUGAUGGAGUUAAUGCUUAUGAUGCAUUUGAUGAUUCAAGUUUUAAAUUGAGAGCAAUGUUGAUGUGGACAAUACAAGAUUUUCCAGUAUAUGGAAAUCUUGCUGGUUGCAAAACCAAGGAAAGUUGUAGUUGUCCUUUAUGUGGUAAAAAUACAUAUUUAGAAUGGCUUAAUAGUUUUGACAAACUUCUAGAACUUCUACAUGAUAUAUUUCCAAUAGGUAAUGUGAACCUCAAAUCAAUGUAUUCUGUUAAAAAAUUUCUUCAAACAUUUGCCUUAGGAUAUGAAUAGAUUCAUGCCUGCCUCAAUGAUUGUUGUUUGUUUAGAAAGGAUAAAGAGAAUUUGGAAAACUGCCCAAAAUGUGGAACUUCUUGUUGGAUGUCAGAAUUACAUACUGACAAGGUUUAAACAGGUGUCCCUGCUAAAGUGUUGAGGUAUUUUCCAUUAAUACCGAGGUUUAAAUGAAUGUUUAGGUCUAAAAAGAUGGCUGAAAAUUUAAAAUGGCAUCAUAAUAAUAGAAGCAUGGAUGGGAAGAUGCGCUACCUGGUAGAUUCUGUAGCUUGUGAUUUGGUGAAUAUGGAAUGACCUUCAUUUUCAAAUGAAGAACGUAAUCUCAGACUAGGCCUUUCCACAGAUGGUUUCAAUCCAUUCAACAAUUUAAGUAAUACGUAUAGUGUUUGGCCUGUGAUAUUGGCUAUGUAUAAUUUACCAUCUUGGUUAUGUAUGAAGCAAGACAAUAUUUUAUUGACACUGAUAAUUCCUGGUUCCAAGCAACCUGACAAUGAUAUUGAUAUAUAUUUAGAGCCUCUCAUAGAGGACUUGAAGAUAUUGUGGGUUGAUGGAGUUGAUGCUUAUGGUGCAUUUGAUGAUUCAAGCUUUAAAUUGAGAGCAAUGUUGAUGUGGACAAUACAAGAUUUUCCAGCAUAUGGAAAUC